CCUUUCCAGUUGGUGUGACUGUGAGUCCCAGCAGAUCUCAGUUCUUUAAAGGAGAAUCAGUGAUUCUGAACUGUGAGGACGACAGCUCUGCAGGAUGGACUCUGAGGAGGAACACCAGCAAAGAAACCUGGACUCAGUGUGGAUCUGUGUGGGGAUCAGGAGAUGGUUUGUCCUGCAAGAUAAAUAAUGUCAUCACAUGGGACAGUGGAGUGUACUGGUGUGAGUCCAGAGGGGGAGGAGCCAGCAGCAUGGUGGUUAACAUCAGUGUCUCUGGUGGAUCAGUGAUCCUGCAGAGUCCUGUCCUCCCUGUGAUGGAGGGUCAUGACCUCACUCUGAGCUGUCAAUCAAAGACCCCUCCCUCCAACCCCUCAGCUGCUUUCUAUAAAGAUGGCUCCCUCAUCAGGACUGAGCCUACAGGUCACAUGACCCUCCAGCAUGUUUCCAGGUCUGAUGAAGGUCUCUACAAGUGUCACAUCAGGGAUCAUGGAGAGUCUCCAUCCAGCUGGAUCUCUGUCUCAGAGAAACCAGCAACCACCUCUGAUCCUUCAACCACCUGUCCUCCUCCUGCUCCUCCUUAUCCCCCCCACGUCUGGUUACCUGCUGUGUAUUUUGUUGUUUUGGUUCUCCUGCUGUCUUUGGGUCUGAUGGUGAGGAAAUAUCUUCAGUGGAAGUCUAAAGACCCAUCUGUUAUCUGAUCUCCCAGAGAUAAUGGUCUGAUCUGAGAAUCUUCUGGACUCAAACUGAUCCUCUCAGAUCCUCUCAGAUGUGUUCCUGUGAGGAUGUUUGUAUCUUUCCUGAACCAGAUCCUGAAUGAUUGUGGAGUAAAUGUUCUCCUGCA